CCAAUCUUGGAUACUCCUGUUGGGAAAAAAGUUAUUGAAUCAAAAAUGAAGACUGCUGUUUUGCUGAUGUGUCUCAUUGGAUUAAGCUUGGCUCUUUCAGCCAAAGCUGAGCAUAAACGUGUUGCACGUUCCAGCUCUGGUUCUGGUUCUGGCUCCCGUGAGGAUAUAGUUCAGCUGAAACGCUUUGCACGCUCGGAAUCAUCUGAGUCUGCUGAAUCCGCUGAAUCUGCUGAGUCUGCUGAAUCCGCUGAAUCUGCUGAGUCUGCUGAAUCUGCUGAGUCUGCUGAAUCCGCUGAGUCUGCUGAAUCCGCUGAAUCCGCUGAGUCUGCUGAAUCCGCUGAGUCUGCUGAAUCCGCUGAAUCUGCUGAAUCUGCUGAGUCUGCUGAAUCUGCUGAAUCCGCUGAGUCUGCAGAAUCCGCUGAGUCUGCAGAAUCUGCCGAAGCUGCUGAGGCUUCUGAAGAAUCCGCUGAGUCUGCUGAGUCUGCUGAAUCCGCUGAGUCUGCUGAAUCCGCUGAAUCCGCUGAGUCUGCUGAAUCCGCUGAGUCUGCUGAAUCCGCUGAAUCUGCUGAAUCCGCUGAAUCUGCUGAGUCUGCUGAGUCUGCUGAGUCUGCUGAAUCCGCUGAGUCUGCUGAAUCCGCUGAAUCUGCUGAGUCUGCUGAAUCCGCCGAAGCUGCAGAGGCUUCUGAAGAAUCCGCUGAGUCUGCUGAGUCUGCUGAAUCUGCUGAGUCUGCUGAAUCUGCUGAGUCUGCUGAGUCCGCUGAGUCUGCUGAGUCUGCUGAGUCUGCUGAAUCCGCUGAGUCUGCUGAAUCUGCUGAGUCUGCUGAGUCUGCUGAAUCUGCUGAAUCCGCUGAGUCUGCAGAAUCUGCCGAGGCUUCUGAAGAAUCUGCUGAGUCUGCAGAAGAAUCCGCAGAAUCUGCUGAAGAAUCUGCAGAAUCUGCUGAAGAAUCUGCAGAAUCUGCUGAAGAAUCUGCAGAAUCUGCUGAAGAAUCCGCAGAAUCUGCUGAGGCCCCGGCUGAGCGAAGAUUAUCCAACCAACCACCAUUGGACCAGCUCCUCAGGGCGCUCCUAACCCUCCUCCCUGCCUAACCAGGAUGGAACUCUACUCCUCUCCAUGCCCUUAACAAUCAAGAAUUACAGGAUUCACACAUUAAGCCAGAUAUCUUAAUAAACAAAAAAGUACAGUCCUGUACAAACAGAAAGAAAAUAUUGAAUUGUUUAUUUUUUCUUACAAUCUGAGAUCAUCAGUUGCUCAAAAUAAACUGAACUACUGUAUUCACGGCAGUCUGUCCCUCAUUAUUUGUUCACAUAUGACUUCUCCAGUGUACAUUAACCGGUGUUCAGACCUGUGUUUUGUAGUUCAAAUCACCUUUGGUGUGCACUUAUUGUAUGUCACUUUGGAUAAAAGCGUCUGCCAAA